UUUUCUUUGAAGCCUCUGAUUUUGGCGCUGAAAUUGUCCACGACUUGUCAGGGCGACUUUGAUUUUGUGAUUUCUUUGAGCCCUCACGUUUUUCCGACCAGCAGGGUGUUUUUACUAGAUAUUCUGGAACAGCGGAAGCUUCCUGACGUCUAGAAUUUCCGAUAAUCUGCCCACUUCCGCUACCAUUAGAUUUGGCGUCCAAAUCCUCACUUAAGGACAAAGAGUCCGCUUCGGCCUUGAAUUCAUCAUUGAUUUCUUUUUCAAAAAUCUCCAGAGCCUGUAUUUCGUCAGAUUCUUCUCCAUGUAAGGGAGUUCCACUUGUAGAUGUCUCUUGAUAAGGUAGUGUACAGGUAUUCGAUGUCUCCAUUAUAUCCGUCUUGUCCCUGGCCUCCAUGUGUAAUUUCUCCAUGGAAUCAAAUAUCACAACAGGAGGAAUUCCUUCCGCAGCCAAAGUAUCAUUCGCAUCUAGAACAUAAGUUUCAGCAAUGCUCUGAAACGAUUCAGCAUUCUGCAAGGAAUCAGGGUCGGCCUUGUGAUCUCCUGAAUUAGUCAGGGGGUUCUCCAGGGUCACGGUGGAAGCCGCGGCGCUCAUGAUCUGAACACCGAGGUUAGGAUCGCUAGAAUUAUCUACUACUGGGAGUUUUUCAAUAGGAGUAUGGAAGACUUCCACAGACUUGCUGACAUUCUUUCCACGGAUCCAAGUUUUGCCGAAGUCUUCAACCAAAGGACUCAAAGCUUUAACUAGCUUUAGAAGCUACGGGGGCAGUCCCUGUGGUACGUCUGGGAAUAUUUUUAGGAGAAGCGAUAGGGGAGGCAGCAGGUGACCUGGGAAUCCCAGUCUUAGGUCGAGCAGGUAGCUUAGUAACUCCAACUUGACCCGACUUGGACUGCAGUCUGGGUGGUUCCCCAGCUUUUUUAAGUGGAGUUUUCUUAUUAAUUGGCGCAGUGGAAGGCCUAUCGGUGGGAAUGGAAUGCUUUUUCUGAGAUUGCUGUCGCUCUUGAAGAGCUCUACGAAGUCGCUCUGGAACGCAGACACUUCCUGAUGCACAACUGCUAGCCCCUUCACCUUUGAGAUCAAUAGUAAACGCUUCAGCUUGGCGACGCGGAGUAGCUCUAACAGUGGCUUCCAAUUCAAUUAUAAAUGAUUCGGCAACUUUUUUACCCUUAUCUUGGGAAUCAUUAACUUUCUCUUCAAGUCUCUGUUCAUUUUCUACAAAUUAUUAA